UCGUACACGUCCGACAAGUUCGCGCGGGUACCUUGCGCGGGGAACGGGGCAUCUCCGCGCGCGUUUCUCUCGCGUGUCGACGGUUGUCCUUCGGUUUUUUGUUUUCCGCGUAUCACCUCGUGGACUCAUUAAAAGUGACUUCGCGGAGGAAUUUCGAAAGAAUGCAACAUGCGCCUCGCCGGCCAAUCGGAAAGUCAGACGGAUAGACGGAGAGAGCGAGAGGGAAACUCCCGCACCACCGAGAGAUCCUAACCUAAAACUGCGACGGCGUACGGCCGCGAUACGACUCUAACCUCAAUUCGUUUCCUAACCUCGGCUCGUUACCGCGAGCUUUGCGUGCUUUUUGCGUGGGAAUCACACGCCUGCUCUGACCGAACACGAUGAAUCUCACCGGCAAAUUGUGCCCGCUGAUACAGGCGUUGCGUAGCUGCAGGAACUUACACAUCGCGUCUCUCGCGAGGAAUGCGGCCGCAUAUGACGGGCCCGGUAAAACCACCGUCACGUUUAUCAGCAAGGAAAUUGGUCCUCGAUUUCAGGUGUCUCAGUGCAAUGAGAAUGGAUUUGCCUUGAGCAACGGCUUCAUGAUAGUAGGGCCAACAGUGCUUUUUCCAAGUCAAGCUCUCUGCUGGAACAUCUCGUCGGCAAAGUACAUAAACGACGCAACUCUAUCGCUGUUCACUGUCCUGGAGCCCAAGCCUGAGCUUCUGAUCAUCGGUCUGGACGACAAUUAUGACUUACCAUAUUUCAGAAGUUUACAAAAGUUAAUGCGCAAGCACAACAUAAUUUCGGAAAUAUUACCUGUACGGAAGGCCUGUACGGUGUUUAACUUUGUGAACGAUGAAGGUAGAUACGUCAUAGCUGCCUUGAUACCGCCGAAGACGACCGAACACUUGACAUUACCGAAGAAAAUUGAAGAGACGGAUUCAGACGAACUUAAAAAUGGAAGAAAAAGAAAUAUUGUAGAGACAGAUACAAAACAAGAAUAAUUGUACAUAUGUAUGUGCGUUAAGUUUAGGAAAAUUUAUUGUAUUGUACAAUUGUAUAAUAAGUUAUGACAUUUGCAUUACAUAUAAAACUGAAAUAGAAUUUAAAUUUCGCUCCGA